AAACGAAAAGGUUUCCUAGGAGUUUUUUAUGUUGUAAAUUACAUUAGUAAAAUAGUAAUCACCAAGAAUUAAAAUGAAGUAAUCCGAAAUUUUUCAUUGUAGAAUAAAAAUGGAGGUUUCUGGCAAGCGAAGAACUAAAUUGACAUAUUCGGUAUCACAUGGGUCUGCUGAAGACUUUGUAUUAUUCUGUAUCCCAUGUGAUAGAGAUGGUAAACGGGUUCCAGCUAAAGGGUUCUGUACAACUUGCAAUGAACAUCUUUGUAAAACCUGUUACAAGCAUCAUAAGAAACCAGCACCUACACGUAACCAUGUUCUUCUUGAUGAAGACUCCAUGCCAACAACUCAUACCGUUCAAUUAUAUCAAGACAACUUCGAAAGCUGUGAUGAUCAUCAAGACGAAAAACAGAAAUAUUACUGUAGAGAUCACGACAUCGUAGUUUGCAGUGUUUGUGUAACGUUAGAUCAUAGGACCUGUAAGGUGGAAUACAUACCGAAACUUUCAAAACAUAUUCUAGACAGUGAGGAACUCAAUGAGUUAAUGGCGGAAAUGAAAUCACUUGAGGAAGUUUGUAAAUUAAGUAUAAAGAGAGCAAAAGAUGAGAUUAAAGCCAUUUCUGAAAAUCAUGAUAAGGUUAUAAAGGCAAUUCAUCAAUUCAGAAAGGAAAUAAAUACACGUCUCGACGAUAUGGAAAAGAUUGUUGUCGAGGACGCGGAGAGAAUCUCUGAUAAAACACAAAUGAUUCUGAAGAGUUUGUCAACAGGUAUAGAAGACAUAAAAGACGAAACGGUAAAGAAACAAGUAUGCUUAGACAACCUGAUACAAAGGAACUGUCUUGACAAACUGUAUGUUGAAAUGAAAGUAGCCAAGAAACGACUGAUUCAAAUAAAGAUGAAAGCAAAACAACAUAGUCGAAUAAACAAUAAUGAAACAGUAAGCUUUGUCAAGCAUCAGGCAAUUAUUGAUAUGUUAGAAAAGUAUAAGCAGUUAGGAGAAAUUGUUAAAUCGUCCAAUAGUGAAAAUGAUGCAAUGAUGAAAGAAACAUCAACACCACCCGAGGAUACGUCUCUAAAUCUUGAAGUUGUCGAGGAAAUAGAUAUGAAAUCCGCAUCGGAUAGUAAUAAAUGUGACAUAACUGGGAUAGAGGUUAUUCAGCCGAAUAAGAUAGUGGUUUGUGAAUAUGAUAACUGCAAUGUAAAAUGUUAUGAUACAGUACAGAAAAAAAAUUGUUUCAGAAAUGAAAUUUAAAAAAUCACCGUAUGAUGUUGCAGCUAUUACAGAUAUUAGAUUUGUCGUGACUGUACCUGACGAUGGAAGCGUCCAUUUUAUGUCACUAAAGAAACAACACAUAGUUUCUGAUCGUAAAGUGAAUAUCAGCGUGACAUGUCUCGGUAUUGCUUACAGCAAAGAUAAGCUUGUUGUGUCAUGUGGUAAUCAAGGAAAAGUUUUAGUUCUUGACCUACAAGGUAAAAUAUUGCAAAGUUUUAGUGGAGAUAAUAGUCUGUUCAGCUUUCCUCAUUAUGUCACCGUGAAUACAGCGGGAACGUCUAUAUAUGUUAGUGACAGUGGUUAUUAUGUGAUGGCUGUAAAACAACUAGACUGGCAGGGCAAUGUUAUAAAUACCUAUCAAGCAGGAAAUCUAGAGGGUAUUUGUGAAUUAAAUGAUGGCACAUUGCUUGUUUGUUUGUAUCAAGAUAGUGACGACAAUUUACGUAGAAUAUCAGACAGCUGUAAGCCAUGUAAUAUAACGAUAAAUGAGAAUGUUUGUGGAUGGUACGCGAGUGCUGUUGCAUACUGUAAGAAAACAAAAAAACUUUAUGUGUCUUAUUCUGGAAGAGAUGAAACAGGUGAAAUUAACGAGUCAUUUAUAAAAGUAUUUACGGUUCAAUGGUGAAACUUAAAAAAGAAAGACAUUUAUGAUGAAUGAAUUCAAUUCAUUUGUAUUGUUCAUAAAAAGUCUUCAGUGACAAAAUAGUGUACAUGUAUGUGUUUAUGAGAGAGCUAACUAUAUUUAUACACCGCAUUAUUUAAUGAUGACUGUGUGAAUUGUAUAAAAAAUUUGUUACCAAUUAAUAUAUUAUAAAAUAUAUUACAAGUUUUACUUCUCUUUUGUUUUAUGCCUUAAAUCAUUGUUUAUCGUAAUAAAAUAUCUGUAUUA